GGGCAUGACACACGCUCAAAGAGACAAAGAGAGCGGAAGGAAUGACAGGCCGUUGCCGAGGCAAUGUGUGCAAACACUGCCUGAGAGGUGAUUGGCCGCUCUACGUUUACCUGGAGACGCUCCUGGAGACGCCGAUAACAGCAUCAUCCGCGGCUGGAGCUGAGAGGUGACCGGGAGCCGAUACACGAGCAGACUUUACCAAAAUUCACCUAACAACCAAGCCAACAGUUCGCCAAGCAUCUGUUGGCAGGCCGCACUCCCUCUAGUGGAUGACUACACCCCUUAAGCAUGGGCACCUACCACUGGAACCCUUCUUGUCCUAGUCCGACACUGAUGGUACAUCCUCAUAAGUAACUGCAUUGAUAUGGCGACUGUACACUUGAAACCUGGGAAUCGCUUCUCUGUCCCAGACUGGCACACCAAUAAUCAUCUGAUUAGCACAAAUGCUGAGAGGCAGCGAACAGCUUCCCAUGAGAUUCGUCAGGAUGCCAGGACUCUACGCAAUGAGACCAAUAACCAGACUGAAUGGGACGAGCAAGAUAACAGGACUCGUCUUGCUGAUCGUAUUGAUGAAGUGGAAAAGUGGAAACAGGUGUUGGAUAAGUGCCUUUCUGAAGUUGAUGCAGAAAUAGAUGCCUUGAUACUGAGUAAAGAUGAAGCAGAGCGAGCCCUGCAGGCCAAGAAUGUCCCCUCAGAUGUAGUAAUAGAAUGUUUGAAUUUCCGUGAGAGCCGCAAAGAUAUUGACCUGGUGAAAGACCCUGUGGAGGAUGAGCUGCACAAAGAGGUAGAGGUGAUUGAAGGAGUCCGCAAGGCGCUGCAACAAAAGAUCAGCGAGGCUUUCGAGCAACUUUGCCUUUUGCAGGAAUCAAGACACCAACUAAACUGGGACCACAGAGGCAAAGUUGAGACACUGGAGAUAGAUCGGACAUGUCUGUCACUUACCAAACAUUCUCCUAACAUCUCACUGAAAGUGCUACCAACACGUGUCCCUAAUGGGACGAGCACUCCCCAGGAAUGGGAACAGUUCAGCCAUUACAACAAGGAAAGAGCAGAAGCUGAGAUCAGAGCCUCCACACAGCUGAGAGAAGCCAUUGCUAUCACUAUAGCACAGACUAAUAAUGAGCUGGAAGCUCAGAGACUAGCUGUAGAGUUUGUCUUCAGGAAGAGGAUGCAUGAGUUUGAGAAAGCUCACAAUGAACUCAAGUGGCAAGAGAAAAAUACUAAAGAGGAGAUAGAGGAACUAGAGGGAGACAUAAGACGCUUGGAGGAAGAUCUGAGAAAUAAGAGUGGAGAUCUAAAACUGGCUCACACACGCCUUGAGACCCGUACAUACAGACCAAAUGUUGAUCUUUGUAGGGACCAGGUGCAGUAUGGAUUGACGGAUGAGGUGCAUCAGCUAGAAGGCACUAUCGCUGCUCUCAAGCAGAAGUUGGCACAGUCACAGGAUGCCCUAGAUGCUCUCUACAAACAUCUUGCGCGUAUACAAAUGGAUAUCACGUGUAAGGAAAAUUCUCUACGUUUGGACAAUAGAUGUAUGGACACCCGACAAAAACUCAUACUGCCUUCUGAGAAGUGUGUUGCAAGCGUUGACAGCUUCAAUCGUACCACCAAUCGCAAUCUUUCACCCCUGAAAAGCCGCCAGCUAGAGCUAGCUUAAGAGUUCUGAGUUAAAAAUAGCAAUUUCACUAAGCAUUACUACUAUGAUAGUUUGCUACAGUCACUCACAAUACAGUACAUUAUAAACCCAACAUGUGUAUAUACAGGUUGAGUAUCCCUUAUCCAAAAUGCUUGGCACCGCAAGUAUUUUGGAUAUUGGAUUAUUCCGUAUUUUGGAAUAAUUGCAUACCAUAAUGAGAUAUCAUGGUGAUGGGUCCCAAGCCUAAGCACAGAAUGCAUUUAUGUUUCAUAUACACCUUAUACACACAGCCUGAAGGUCAUUUUAGCCAAUAUUUUUAAGAACUUUGUGCAUUAAACAAAGUGUGUGUACAUUCACACAAUUCAUGUAUGUUUCAUAUACACCUUAUACACACAGCCUGAAGUAUAUUUAAUACAAUAUUUUUAAUGACUUUGUGUAUUAAACAAAGUUUGUGUACAUUGAGCCAUCAGAAAACAAAGGUUUCACUAUUUCACUCUCACUCAAAAAAAUCCGUAUAUCGGAAUAUUCCGUAUUUCGGAAUAUUUGGAUAUGGGAUACUCAACCUGUAUGUAUGUAUAUAUAUGUAUGUAUAUAUAUGUAUGUAUGUAUGUAUAUAUAUAUAUAUAUAUAUAUAUAUAUAUAUUAUAAUAAAAUAUAUUAGCAGCUUAUUGCCCUGGCACUCUGGUAUCCUUUACAGGUCACUUGCUCUGGUGCCCUCCUAGUGGGUACAUGCGCCCAAUAAUACAGAGGCCAGAACACAGGGUGUGUUUAUUAGGUGACAUUUUGGGGACGUAGUAUCCCUUCCUCAGAAUAAACACACCCUGAGGGGUCUUUUUCGCAGCAGUCUCUGAGGCUUUUGCAGGAUUGGAGCAGCAGCAAUAUCUGAUGGAAUCCAGUCCGGUUUUUGGCUGAGUCUGGUGUAAGCUACAGCUGAGCUAAUUACUACACCUUGUCUGCUGUCUUUAAAAUGUGUUUUGUUCGGUAGAUCAUUGCUCCUGAUACCAGCAAGUAGGUAGGUGAUAGUUGGGAGACUGGGGUUAUGUUAGAAGCCAUUCGAAAUAUGCACUAUUUGUUAUUACCAGAACUUGGAAUGUAAUACUGAUGUUUUAAGAACUUCAUGUAAAACCUGACCCGCAAAACCUGCAUGCAAAGCUGUAUCCUGGCUGAGGUGGAAAUAAAGUCUGUUGGAUUAUA